CAAAAUUUCUCAUGCUAUAGAGACGUGUCAAUAUAUCAGAACGUUUCGAUUUAUUUUCGACAAGAAGUUCAACAAAAUGAGGAAUUUCAAUGCGAUGUUAUCUGCCGUGUUGGUACUGAUUCUUGCAGGGGAAAUGAACGCAAAGAGUUAUUUCCGAACAGAUCUUGAUGAGUUGGAAAGAGCCAUUCGAAUACAAGAGCUGGAGGCCCAGAAUGAUCAAGGCACUCAAACAGAUGCCGAGCCUAAAUUGUCAUGGAGACAAAAAUUGCUUCUAAUGAACGCAAUGAACAAAUGGAAAGCGAUCAAUUCUCAAUCUGAAUCCAAUGACAAUGAACCUACAAGAAGAAACAACGUGGUAGAGAAAGAAGAUCCGCAAAAUGGUCAAGACGCGAGGCAAUUGAUUAAUUGAAACCAGUACAAGGGCUUUAAUGACAGAAUGGCAUAACACGAAUCAGCAUGACAGUCUCCAAAAAUGAGGAAAAGAUAAAAGAUAAACUUGGACAAACAUGACUUAAGAAUUCAAGCCCUGGACUCAGUACAAUGUGGAAUGACCAUUCCUUGAAGAUUUUGCAUGAAAUGCGCAGCAUCGAGUGUUACUUUUCGGAAACAAUACCUGCAUGCAACGCAUUGAGUCUUGGGCUUAAAUUAUUUUCACACAUUGCAAAUAGAUUCUACCAUGCUACUUAAAAAAUCACUAAAAAGAACGCAAGGCCCAAGUUGGCAAAGCAUCAAUUUCAAUCUGGAGAGUCAAGUUGUCACCUUGACAACCAAACUAGGAACGAGCUUGGAUGCGGUGAUUUGUUAUAUAAUGAAAUGCAGUAACGUGAAAUAGCUUGUUCUUAUUGGCUGGAAUCGGACACACCUUGCCUACGU